CAUAAGGCAGUCUCUGAGCAAUUUGCAACAAGUCAGUUUUUCAAACAAACGAAGGUGUACCCAGAAUGGGAUUUGCCAUCCGUCACGCCUGCCUACAAUUUAAUGGUCGUCAAAAAGGAGCUGCAAAAGACCGAGAAGAUUUUAGAGGAGAAGCGGAAGGAGAAUAAGCAGUAUCGCGAUCUACUCGACUCAGAGUGGGCAACAUUGCGACAGAAACAAAAAGAAGUUAUGGAAUCCUUCCCCAACCAUCAAACUUUCAUAAUUGAGAACGAGAAAAAGCGAGAACGAGCGGAGCACGUGAUUAAGGUUGAAAAAGAAAAACAGGAGAAAUUCGAUUCGUCUAUUAAUGAGUUGAAGGAGAAAAUCAAGGAGUCGCUCAAAAUUCGAGACGUCAUGCAGAGUUACGUGGACCAGUACAAAAUCUACGAGGAUUACUUGAAGAGUGUGGUGGAGUCAUUGCCGGAGUUCAACUCGAUCAAGGAGGUGAUCGACAGGUACCGGACCCUGAUCUCGGUGGAGCGGGAGCUGGAGGAGAGGAAAGGAGCGGAGGUGGCGGCGAUGGAGGGAUACCGGAAGAGUAUGGUCGAGCUGACGGUGAGCAAGUCGCAGGAGAUGAUGGUCCUCAAUAACAAACUCAUCGAGCUCCAGAGUAGCCACGAGCGGGCCAGCAAUCAACUCAAUUGGUUCCAAGACAUGCUCUCCGUCAUCGAUGCCAACGCCAGCAGACUCUUCGUCGAGCACUCAAUC